UUUCCGAGCCGUUUCAGUUGUACGACGUCCGCCGCAGCAGCACCAGCAGCAGCAUUGCUACCGUUAGCAUAUCUCCCGCACCCAACUCGCAUCAGAUAAAUUAUGUAAAAACGGAAAGGUCCCGAGAGAAAAGAUAAACGCGCCACUAGAAUCAAUUGAAUAAUCAUAAACGGAACAAUCACAUCUUGUGAAUUGCAACAAUGCAAUCUCCUAGUGUUUUUCACAAGCUUUUACUACUGCUGCCGCUGGCCUAUCAGCAUACAUCAAAUGAUGCCGAGAAACAUGUGACACAUUGGAAUUACGAGCUCCACGGUGAGAAUUGGGGCGGUACCUGUUCUUCGGGAGUCCGGCAGUCCCCCCUCCAGUUGGCCGUUCAAAAAUCGCUCAUCGUACCGUUGCCUCGUAUCUUGUUUGGAAACUACGAUGUGAAACUGAGAGCUCCACUAACCCUGGAAAACAACGGACAUUCAGCUCACAUGGACAUACCCGAAACACUAAACGGGAAGAGACCCUUCAUAACCGGAGGACUUCUUAACGGUCGCUUUAUAGCCGAGGGAUUCCACUUCCAUUGGGGAUCCAUAAACCAAAGAGGAUCCGAGCAUUCCAUCAACAAACAGCGAUUCGAUGUGGAAAUGCAUAUCGUCCAUCGGAAUGCUCGGUACUCUGAUCUCACAGAGGCAGUCAAACACAAGGAUGGAGUUGCUGUUCUCGGUGUUAUGUUCAAAGUUGUAAAGAGUCCCAAUCGCUUCUUCCCGGGCAUUAACAAAGUCCUUUCCGAGUUGCCGAAAAUUACAAACUACAAACAGAAAGCCACUAUUCCGGGAAGCAUAAGUUUGGGCCAGAUGCUUGGUGACUUGAAUCCCCGCGACUUCUUCACAUAUCGAGGAUCUCUGACGACACCAGAAUGCGAAGAGGCGGUCACCUGGACGGUGUUCUCUCAUGUCCUGCCCAUAUCCCUGUCCUUGGUGACCAAGUUUUGGAGGUUACGGGACUCUGAGGGUCACAAACUCAUCAAUAACUUUCGGUUCACACAACCACGAAAUGGUCGACCCGUGUAUUACAGGACUGGCAAGGACCUGAGUGGAGCCUACUUGGGAAAGUGAUAACAUAGAUAUUAAGUAUAAUUUAUAAAGUUAUUUAUUUUAGCUGUAAGCAUUAAAAAUUGUUAGAAAUAAAAGUGUUAUUCUUUA